CCGUCAUCUGUCCCGGAGAGAAUUCUUUUGCACAGACUUGCAGAUCUUGUUGCAAGUCAAAUUUACACAAGGAUGCGAAGGUCGUUCUUUUUUAUCUUAUUCUUUUAACGAGCGACUGAAAUAACGAGACAGAGAGUCAGGUAGUCCCAUUAAGUUCUAACCCAUCGUAAUCCCAUGCGUAUUACCCCCUCACAGUUGAUUCACACCUUGUCGAAAGACCCACAUACCCGAUCUUUGACUCUCUUUGCGAGUAUCGACAUGUAAGGUCUCGGUAGCGCUAGCGAUUAGUAAGUAUCUCUUUGUUCGAGCACAUUGUAGUACUAGUUUUGUGAGAGACUCCCGCUGUCAUCAGCUGGGAGUGCAUUCAUCAUGAUUUUUGAGAAGCGAACACUGUUCAACAGAUACAUAUAUUAUAACCAUCAUCUGCUCCUUAGAGUUGAUACAUUUCUAUUAGUUCAAUCACAUUGCGUAUCGAAAUACGAGGUAUAAGUCCUCUGAUUGAAACUGUUCUUGAUGUACUUACUUCUUUUUGAUGUUGUAAGUUUUGUUUCACAAAAGACGCUAAGAUCAUGAUAGUUCCCAUGCUCGCCUUAGCGACUGUGGCCUGCGCUCAAGGUGAAAGCCUUGACUGCUUGUAUUCAUUCAUCGCACGAGUGACGCAAGUUCGUGAAUCGGAUUCUUAAUCGCGCGCGUGACUUCAUAAUCGAUCGUUUGUUUGAGAUAUCGUUUUGUUAUCAAAAAAGGCUCGUUCGAAUAUGUUCCACAAGUCGAGCUCUCGUAAAUCGUUUUGGUCUUUGUCUGUUACUUGUCUGUCGUGCUCUAUUGCUCGUGUUUCGGCUCGGGGAGGCUGUUUAUCAUGUGAAGAUCAUCGGUCAUGUGUGCCGUCUUAAGGGAUAUGCGAGGAGAAUUCGGAUUGCCUACGGUUCCUACGGAACAGUGCGCGACAAUGGAUGCCAACAAGAAGCCAAGAUCCCGCGAUCGAGUAAGUGCUGUCUCGUCCAGUGGUUGUUCGAGUCCAUGGAAGUGAUGAAUGCGAAGGUGCUGGUGGUGUAGAGCAAGGGUCAGCGAACGCCCCCCGCGGUCCUACAUAAGACGCCACGCCUUCCCCCCCGGUAUACUACUGAGAGCUUGCCCCAUCUUGGUUCGAGCGUCACGCGAAAAGCGUGACGCGUCACGCGAAAAGCGUGGCGCUUUUGUUGCAUGUACCCUACAGACUUACUAGAGACAAGGCGUCACGCUUUUCGCGUGACGCUCAAGAAAGGGCCGGCAGAUGAAGGCCUCACCUUCAGAUCGUGAGGACCUUCGGGCCCUCAGCUGAAGUCUUUCCGAUCAGGAGGACCCUCAAGGGAGAACCCUCACUCUGAGAGGGCCCCCAGAUGAAGCUCUUCCGAUCAUGAGAGAGGACCUUCAAGGGAGAGCCCUCACUCUGAGAGGGCUCCCAGAUGAAGCCCUUCCGAUCGUGAGGACCUUCAAGGGAGGGCCCUCAAUCUGAAUAGAGGACACCCAGCUGAAGUCUUUCCGAUCACGAGGACCCUCAAGGGAGAACCCUCACUCUGAUAGGGCUCCCAGAUGAAGCCUUUCCGAUCAGGAGAGAGGACCCUCAAGGGAGAACCCUCACUCUGAGAGGGCUCGCAGAUGAAGUCUUUCUGAUCGUGAGGACCUUCAAGGGAGAGCCCUCAAUCUGAAUAGAAGGCACUCAGCUGAAGAAGUCUUUCCGAUCAUGAGGACCCUCAAGGGAGAACCCUCACUCUGUGAGGGCCCUCAGAUGAAGCUCUUCCGAUCAUGAGAGAGGACCUUCAAGGGAGAGCCCUCACUCUGAGAGGGCUCCCAGAUGAAGUCCUUCCGAUCAUGAGGACCUUCAAGGGAGGGCCCCCAUCUGAAUAGAGGGCACCCAGCUGAAGUCUUUCCGAUCAUGAGGACCCUCAAAGGAGAACCCUCACUCUGAGAGGGCCCUCAGAUGAAGCUCUUCCGAUCAUGAGAGAGGACCUUCAAGGGAGAGCCCUCACUCUGAGAGGGCUCCCAGAUGGUGAAGUCCUUCCGAUCACACGUGACAUGUGUGCCCUUUAUCUUAUAACGCGCCUGACUUCGGUCAGCGUCACGCUUACACACUGGCAAAGAGGCGCCUGAUCUGCAUUGGAUUCCCAUGCGUCACACUAGAGAACGCAUGCGGAAAAGACAUCCGACCCCGAUGAGAUUCCCACGCGUCACGCUAGAGCGCACAUCGUCAAAAAGCACCCAGGCCCGAUGGGAUUCCUAUGCGUCACGCUAGAGCACGCAUGGCGAAAAAACACCCAAUCCCCCCGGGAUUCAUAUGCGUCGCGCUAGAGGCGUGACGCGUGACGAUCCGCGGGGGGCGUUCGCUGAAUCUUACGGUGGUGUAGAUGAGCCGCUGGCGAGAGACGUUGGCAAUGAAGAACAUCACACUCUGCACUAUAGAUACACUGUUUUGUUUGUUUGUUUGUUUGUAUUGAUGCGCUCCGGGCAACGCGUACGAUUUCACGGGGUUUUUCUGUGCUUCGUGUGUUUUGUGCCAUGGUCUGGCUGUUGAAAUGAUGACGAUACACUGUCCAAAUGCUGAUAUUAAUGAUGAUGACGAUGAUGAUGAUCCACAAAGCUCGUUCCUCCCAUUUCUGUCACAAUAUGCUCGGCAUCUUGCUUUCAGAAUUGGCUAUGCCGCGAAACGCGAUGACUUAGGAUUAGUACAGAUUUGGAGUCCUGCUUCAAUUCUUUAUGGGCCGUUUUUGCCUCAGGCUGGACCCCUCGAUUAAAAGCCCAUCAACCCUUCAGGUUUUUGGAUAACUUAUAUAUAUUCAUUGCUAGGUUUUCUCACGUUGCGUCUUACGUCUUCUCUUCUGAGGGCCUAGAGCAUCGCAUAGUGUAG